ACCACAUUCAACUUCAUCGCGACGGCGGGGUAAAUUGCGCGAUUGCGCCUGUGAGUCGGGUGAAGCGAGGAAGCGAGGGGUUCCAAUCAUCAAGUUUAGACAAAACCGUAAAGGCCCUUCCACCACCUUUGUUUCUCGAGUCCCGAUCGUUGAAAGGACCGAAAUUCAGUGAAAUCAUCAAUCACCCACCAUGACGAUCGACCUCCCGAACCAUUUCGACAGACCCGUGCACAUCGCCGUAAUAGGUGGCACCGGGCUGGGCAAGAUCGAGGGCUACACGCCCGUGGCCGCCCUGCAGCCCAUGACCCCCUGGGGCGCCCCGUCGUCGCCCAUCCUGAUUCUCGAGCACAACGGCGUCCCCGUCGCCUUUCUCGCGAGGCAUGGCCUGCACCACCACCUAGCCCCGCAUGAGAUCCCCUCGCGCGCAAAUAUGGCCGCGCUGCGGUCACUAGGGGUACGCUCCAUCAUCGCCUUCUCGGCCGUGGGGUCGCUGCGGGAGGAGAUCCGGCCUAUGGACUUUGUCGUCCCCGACCAGAUCAUCGACCGAACAAAAGGGGUGCGGCCCUUCACCUUCUUCGAGGGCGGCGUGGUGGGCCACGUGGGGUUCGCGGACCCGUUCGACGCCGGGCUGGCGGACGUUGUGGCCAAGUGCGCGGCGGCCAUGCGCGGCGACGGCGUCAAGCUGCACCGCGGCGGCGUCGUGGUCUGCAUGGAGGGCCCCCAGUUCAGCACGCGCGCCGAGAGCAACAUGUACCGCGCCUGGGGCGGCAGCGUCAUCAACAUGAGCGCGCUGCCCGAGGCCAAGCUGGCGCGCGAGGCCGAGAUGGCCUACCAGAUGAUCUGCAUGGCCACCGACUACGACUGCUGGCACACGACCGACGACGUCGACGUUGCCAUGGUCAUGAAGUACAUGGCGGCCAACAGCGAGAACGCAAAGCACCUCGUGGGCGCCGUGCUCGAUGAGCUGUGCAAGCAGGAAAACAGCGACUUGGUGCUGGCCAAGCACCUGGCCGGGACCGUCCAGGGGGCGGUCAAGUUCAUGACCAAGCCGGCGGGACGGGAUCCCGAGGCGAUGAAGAGGGUAGAAUAUCUCUUCCCCGGGUUUUGGGAUGAAUGAUUGAGUCUAGAUUUGGAUCCGGCGGUAUUCUCUUUUGAUUCUCGCUUCUUUUCGGAGGAAGCGUCGAUGAUGGGUAGCUGAUAGACGAUACCAGAUAAUCGAUAGAGCUUGGCGCAGGAGGAACAUAGAUGACUGCCAUGAAAUCACUCAACCAUCUUUCCAACCAGGAACAUUAUUUACUGUGCACACGUCAGAAGUUCACAUAUCGCAUUGCAUGCAAGUAUCCAUUUGGUAUCCAUGUAUGCCGCUAGAACAGGGAAGAGCAAAACGUAGAAAGAGACAACAAACCAAAAGAUCAGAAAG